AUGUCAGCCGGACAAAGACACCCCGAGCCGCUUCGUCGGGUCGUAACUGCUCAUGAUUCGAGAACCGGACGAGCUGUCUUUGCCGAAGCAGAUGAUGAGCAGGUGUCGUUUACUGGAUUCCCUGUUCCCCCCGGCAAGCCCCCAACGUCGGACUAUGCUUUGGCCUAUAAUACCUCUACAUUUCCAGUGCAAGGGCUCUCCCCUGUGACUGAUACAACCCCGGAUUCCCAAGCCAAUACCGACAUUAAGCAAUAUAAGUCCCAACUCUCUGAUCCAUCUCCUUUGAAUCCGCCAAACGGCACAUCUUGCACAAUUAUUGAGGUACCGCCGGGUGCCGCGGUCCCGAUGCACCGAACAACGACACUCGACUAUGGUGUCAUAAUUGAUGGCACUACAGAAUUAAUACUUGACUCUGGAGAGAAAAAAACAUUAAAAAAGGGCCAUGUGUUUGUUCAACGAGGCACAGCUCAUGCUUGGCGGAACGUGACGGAAAAGAACGACAAUUCUGGCGUUUUACGUGUCUUUUUCGUCUUUCAACCAAUCGAAAAGGUGCGACUGGAUGGCGGGAAGGUUGUCGAUCAGGAUUUAAAUCUAUCUCUGCAUUCUUAA